AUUAAUGUUGUAAAUUAGUGUUUCUUCUUUAGUUUUGCAAGAUCAGUAGUUCAAUUCUUCUUUGAUGGGCGGCACUGACCUCCACUUAGUAGUCCUUCCAAUGUGGGUUGUGUGGGUGCGAUUUUUCGGAGAGGGAGUUAUAAAUAAGGACAACCAAAUUAGAAAUGGGGUUCGGCAGGACCGCAGAAUUAAUCGAAUCCACUAUUAAUCCCAUGGCGACCAUUUUCUCUCCCUCCGCCUUGUUCUCCGCCACCGCGAAACCGCCGCAACAAGCCAAGUCUCAAGUGUCCCUACCGCCGCCCAAACCGUCCUUGGCAAACAUAUCAACAGCCGCCGCGGCGACAGCAUUAGCCACCUUGAUUCUGACCACGGCGCAUCCUUCCCUAUCAGAAACCCCAACCUACUCCGUCUACUACGGCACGGCCUCCAGCGCCGCCAAUUACGGCGGCUACGGGGGGAAUUCGGACAGGAAGGCGUCGGCGGAGUACAUCUACGACGUGCCUGAGGGGUGGAAGGAGCGCCUGGUGUCCAAAGUGGAGAAGGGAACCAACGGGACAGAUUCGGAGUUCUACAACCCUAAGAAGAAGAGCGAGAGAGAAUACCUAACUUUUCUGGCCGGAUUCCGGCAAUUGGCGCCGCCGGAUAUGGUGCUGAACAACUUGGCGCUGUCGGAUGUGGAGUUGCAGGAUCUGAUCGGCGGCGCGGACGGCGUCCGAUCGGCGGAGAGGAAGGACGAGAAGGGGCAGGUGUACUACGAGUACGAGAUCGAUGGCGCCGGAGCUCACAGCUUGAUCUCCGUGACAUGUGCUAAGAACAAGCUGUAUGCGCACUUCGUGAACGCGCCAUUGCCGGAGUGGAAUCGCGAUGAGGAUAAGCUGAGGCACCUUCACCGUUCAUUCAGAACAGUUGGAUGAGUGAAUUUAUCAAUGUAAAGAGUUAAUUCUGAGAUGAUAUUAUCCCUUAAUCUAUGAGACUAUGACCCUUCUAUUGUUUUUUCAACUACUCUUGCUCAAAAUUGUUGUUAUUUUUUGAGAAAAAUGCUUGGUGCACCUAUUUUUCGCACACACAAACACAGAUGAUAAUUGUCUGUGUCGCACAGACAAUUAUCG